AUUUGCUAGUGCGCUGCUGCGGCCGCACGCCUGAUUGAUAUAUGACUGCAAUGGCACUUUUCCAUUUGACAUUCUCUCUCUCUCUCUCUCUCUCUCGCUCGCUCGCUCGCUCUCGCUCUCUCUCUCCCCCCUCCCCCCUCCCUGUGUCGCUUAAACAACAGUCCUAACUUUUGUGUGUUGCAAAUAUAAAAGGCAAGCCAUGUGACAGAGGGACAGAAGAACAAAAGCAUUUGGAAGUAACAGGACCUCUUUCUAGCUCUCAGAAAAGUCUGAGAAGAAAGGAGCCCUGCGUUUCCCCCAAGAUCCUCAAGCUGUCGCCCUGGGUGGAGCUCCAUGGCAUCACAGCUCACAGCAACCUCCAACUCCUGGGCUUAAGAGAUUUUCUUGCCUCAAGCGAUUCUCACUUCCAAGUAGCUGGGAAUACAGAUGAGGAAACUGAGUCCAAGAGAAGACAAGUGACUUGCUCAAGAUCACACAGCCAACCUGAAAUUAUAAAAAAAAAAAAAAAAAAAGAUCACACAGUCAGUGAUGGCAGUGUGGGACUGAUGGCUUGAAGAACCUCAGAGCAGCCUGCUUUUUACCAGCUGUGCUGCAGAUAUUGUGAUGAUGGAUUGCAAGUGCAAAGAGUAAGACAAAACUCAGACAUACAAAGGACAAUGACAACCAGAAAGCUUCGGCCAGAUCCUGCCCUUUCCUUGAAAGGACCUGGAUCCUAGGAGGUGACGGCAUUUCCAAAUUUUUGUCCUCUGCCUCCCUCUGCUGUUCUUCUGGAGAAGUUUUUCCUUACAACAAUGAGAAAUCAUGUACUAGCUGCAUCCAUUUCUAUGCUCUCCCUGUUGGUGAUAAUGGGAGAUACAGACAGCAAAAGGGAUAGCUCAUUUAUGAUGGACUCGGACCCUCGACGCUGCAUGAGGCACCACUAUGUGGAUUCUAUCAGUCACCCAUUGUACAAGUGUAGCUCAAAGAUGGUGCUCCUGGCCAGGUGUGAAGGACACUGCAGCCAAGCAUCACGCUCCGAGCCCUUGGUGUCCUUCAGCACUGUCCUCAAGCAACCCUUCCGUUCCUCCUGUCACUGCUGCCGCCCCCAGACCUCCAAGCUUAAGGCAUUGCGCCUGCGAUGCUCAGGAGGCAUGCGACUCACUGCCACCUACCGGUACAUCCUCUCCUGUCACUGUGAGGAAUGUAGCUCCUGAGGCCUGCUACUGAGGGUGGCUUCAAGAUGGGACAACGACAGACGCAGAUCAACCAGCCAGGGAAACAGUGGCAAGAAAAGAGUUAAGACAAAAAAAAAAGAUACAGCAAUUCCUACGAGACUUUGCAUACUCUAGUAAUAAAGACUCUACAUGCUUGUUGACAGAGAGAGAUACUCUGGGAACUUGUUUUCAGUUCCCAUCUUUUUUCCCUGGUACAAUUUCUUUUGGUUCCUUUUCAGAUUCAGGCAUUUUCCCCCUUGGCUCUGAAUGCUGUUUGGGUUUCCAACAAUUCAGCAUUAGUGGGCAAAAGUGGGCCCCAUGCAAGAGUGUGUUCACCUGUGCUGUUAUGAAUUCGCUUUGGAAAGCAGGAAAGCCCAAUUCAUUUUGGGACAUCUUCCGUUGUUGGGUUUUUGUCCUUCUGGUCUAAGGUUGCCAUCACUGGUAAAGGUUACCAAUUGCAAAUUCCAGAUACCAAGCAUGUGGAUAUAUUUAGCCAGGUUUACUCACAGCCAGCUAACUGAAAUUAAAAUAACUAACAAACGGAUUCUCUUAUAUGAUGCUGGAACUCUGGAUAGCUAUAAUUAUUAUUCAGAAAUGACUUUGGGGAAGUAAAGGUGGUAUAAAGAAUUUAUCGCCGGAAGGCUGUCUCAGAUAAAUUUUGGCAAAAUUUUGUAAGGGAGGAGAUUUUUAAAGACUUGCACAAAUACGGAUCCUGCACUGACUUUGGAAAAGGCAUAUAUAUACUAGUGGCAUGGAGAAUGUACCAUACUCAUGCAUGCAAAUGCUUUAGCUGUGUCACGGGCAUCAUUCUCUAAUACCCGUAUGUCCAUGUGAAGCUCGUUGCCAAAACAAUGGCCUGGCUCAUCUUCUGAACAUUUGGUUCAAAUAUGUUUUGGUUCUUGAGGCUCAAAUUUUGAGUUAUUCCCAUGUUUUGAAAUAAAAACAGAGGAUCUUCAAA